GUCAAGGCUUCUAACCAACAAUUAAUCCUUGAAAAACCCCCUGUACUACUCUCCAAUGAAUAUCGUGCCUUCUUCUUACCUUCGUAUUGAGAAUUGGAAUAUACAACAAGGCACAUCACCAUUUAUGUCCAAACCCUCGACCUCCUCUCCUUCCUCCUCCAUCUUCUAAUCUAACGGUAGCAGAACUCUAUCUAAUCAAUCUGCCCUAGAUUGCACAACCCGGGAUCUUGGUAAAUUAUAAUCUGAACGAAAUGGAAGCAAUAUAAUAUACAUCUUCAGAUGUAUAAUAACUAAAAGUUCAGCCUUCUCGACUUCAAUUCUUGUUCCUCUGCAACAAUCAUGGGAAACAGCCAAUCAGUACAGGGCCCAAGGCGGGGUAAGAAGCUAUCGAAACCCAAAACUAAGCCUAGCGGACCACCUCUAUCAAACUCCAAUAGCCCUAAUCCGAGUCGUCGAAAUUCCGUUAAUGGAAAAGGCAUUGUAGCUGCAGCUGCUUCAAUUCUUCCUCAUGGAAAGCUGGACAGUGUUCUUGAGACGGAGUCUCUUGAACACAUACCAGAACCAACACCCAAGAAGAAGAAGAGAAUGAGUAUCUUCAGGUCAAAGAGCUCAAAGAAGGAUAUGGGGAACACUCAACUGGGUGUUAAUGUCAAUAGUGUACCGAGUGUUUCACCACCGAUGGAUACUGCCAGGUUUACGAGAAGUGAUUCCUUAAGCUCUGUUACCCUCGAGGCAACAGAAGAAAAACCUUGGGCUGCUCCAAAUCCUAGGUAAGUCCUGUCUAGAUGCUGCAUAUAUAAAGUGCUCAUUAAAAUCUUAGGCCAUCUUUUCAUCCUUCCCGAAAAUCGCUACCACACGUCCCAUUUGCAUCGAAAAAUAAUAAUAAUAAUAAUAGUAAUAAUCGACUUUCUCUCGUAUCUGAAGGGCUUUCUCCGAGACCAGAUUCUACAAAUAUUGCAACGGGUUUGGCUGGGCAACAUUUUGCAGAAAUGGAUUGGCAGCUGUCAGACCCAUUUUGUCAAAGAACUCAAUCAGAUCCUGCGAUAUAUGCUCCAAUCCGCCGAAAGUCCCUUCUUCAACAUGGCGUAGCGACAAGACCCAGCAUUACAUCGAAUCCGCAAUCUUUCCAAAAUCAUACUCCUGUUUCAUACCAUAAUAUUGGAAAAUGGUCAGCGUCACCUUUGACAUUAAGAACAAAUGUGGAUAGUGAAAAUCCUGCAGCACGUACUUCGACUCCCAAUGACCUUGGCCAUAUUGGUUCAUUUCAGCUUGGUUCAUUGAGAAUUACAAAUGGUUCAGCAAGUCCUACACCUAGUGCCGACGAAAGAAGAGCCAGUCUCCCACACAAUGAUCAACAUAUUGCUACUCUGAAAGCAAGCUCCAAAGUUCAAGGUAUUGCUCAUCGAAGCUAUACUAUCUCUGUUCCCGCAGAAGCUAUGAAACGUCCUUGGACACCAACCUUCCUAGAACCUUCUUCUGAAAACAGUUCUCAUGACUCUCUAACCAUCAAAAUUCCAGAUAAUACAUCUACUCUCAACUCUCCAUUGUCACCCACUAAUGUUCAUUCUCUGACUCUUCCUCCUCAAUUGAGCCCAUUUUCUUUUGUUGAAAGUCCCAUCGGAUCUCCAUUAUUACAAGCUACGAGCAAGAACACUGCUUUAAAUGACGAAUUGUUUGAGAUUGAAAUGUCUACACCUACACUUGAGCCUUCUUCCAGUAAUGAUAAUCGUUCAUUUGACUCCGGUUAUGGCCCGUCGCCUGCUACGCCAGAACAACAAACGGACCGGAUUCAAGUUCCACGAGAUAUGAUAUUGAAACCACUGGCCAAGACAGACAGUGGAUAUAACUCAUCUACAUCUGAAAAGAACUCAACGGCGAAAGUUUUGCCGACAAAAAUAUCUCUCAAGACAACAGAAGCACCACGUGCUCUAGCCAAAGAAUCUCUGCCCCAUAGUCUAUCUCUGGCAUACAGUGACGUCCCGAGCGAUAAUCAGUUCUUCAAUCAUUCACAUAGCUCUGCCAAUCACGCUAUUCCUAUGGUCAGUCCGGAAUCUCAGAAAACGUCAAGAUUGAACAAUGUCUCCUCGCCAAAUUUAGGUUACGAAGCUCAAAAUCCACAGCAAACGCCAAUGUACCAUCGGCAGAGCAUGCCAGUAGUUCCGCGUCAACCUCAAAUCUUCGCUACAGGCGAAUCUCCAAGCUCGCAGUGGGAAAUGCAGAGACAACUCCCACAAUCUUAUUACUCGGGUGGUCCAGGAUUUACAGCGCAAUCUCGAUCACACAGUGAGAAGCACUUGCCUACUGCAGCUUCAUAUCAACAUAGCGAAAGAGUGGAUGAAAUUAUGGGAUACAAAGCAAUGCGGAGGGUCAGUUCGAAAGAGACCAUUACCACGAUCAUGUCACUUGAGCCUGCUGAAAUAGAGUCUACAUACAAUAGGCUACACAAUGCAAUCCCUCCUAUUCCUACAUCCAUCCCAGAAGAGGAUUACCAUGCUGGCUGGAAGCCACCAAACGUACGAAGACAUUCCUGUGCCCCAGCAGCUCUUUCUACACCAAGAAAUCGAUACACAUUACAACCGUAUCAUACCCCCACUUCCUUGAAUACAUAUCCACAGGAAGACCAGACAGAUUUCGAAAAUCAUGUCACAUCUUUCGAGACAAUCAAGAACAGUCUAGGGGGCUCUCCUUAUGAUUUGGCACUUACAGCAAUGGAAAAGACACCUCCGAGGGCUGAGCCAAGAGGCACACCUGCACCAGGGACGACAGGCAUGACUGCGCAACUGCAAUCUAUACACGUCAAUCUCAUUCGAUCUCAAUCCGAGGAACCUCCAAUAUCGAGGCCUCAUAUCAACGAACACCAAGAAUCUUACAACAAGCUUGUUGGCGGCAACCAAUUUGAUAAUGAUAGCACUGAACCGAACUCAAGGGCGACUUCAUCAAGCUCAACAUUUACUCUUCGAGAUUUACCAUCGCAAAGACGAUCAUCCGAAGACGAUGGAAAGAGAUUAUCCAUAGCGAGAACUAGUAGGGUCAAUAGUCCUCCGCCUGUUUCUUUCCAGAUUCAAAGAAAUUCCGUUCUGGUUCCUGCUUCGGGACAAUUGGUUUUACCAAAAGUAAGAUUUCCAUCUGUGGAACAAUCUUUGCCACAGCCAAUGUCGCCAGAAAUGCAAACUUCUCCACAAAGAAAGCCUAUUACAGCAGCGCCAACAUCGCAUACUCCUCAUGCCAUCCGAGAGGUAACAAGCCAGACAUCGGUAGCAUCGGGGCAAGAACUCUGGUUUGAUUCACCAGAAAAGCAAGAUUUGCCUGCACAACUUCAGAUUGGUUACUCCGAAAGACCAUAUAAGAUCAGAUCUCAGAGCGUUAGGCCAGCUACACAUUAUCAUCGACCUAUUCCCCCUCAUCACUUCAGUUUUGAUGCCCAUAAUAACUCGGAAAAGAUUUCAAGGACUGCGAAUGUGUAUAGUGAAAAGGAAUGGGAGACUCAUGCGGGGGCAUACGACCAUACGUAUGGUUCUUCUACUAAUCUUCACGAGCUCUCUGGUGAUACCCCAAACAAUGAAUACGAUGCACCAUACUCAGAAGAACCCCAAACGAUUCCAGAAUUGGGGAAUUCAACACAGGAUAUGUUAGUACUAGAUCGGUAUGCGGGAGGCCUAGGAUAUGGAUUUGAGCCCGGCUACGGAUUAGGUGGGAGCGCGGGAACCAGAAAUGGCGGGAUGAUGAACAAAGGAGGGAGAAAGGGAGUUGGAGUGUCCAAAGAGUGGGGCUUGGAUUUCAGUGACGUGCCUAUUAUCAUGCAGAGAGUACCAGUUGGGGCUGGUAUUUGAGGAACAAUAUAUUCUUUAUUCAAGCGGAAAUAGCGAGGAUCAAUCGAUUUGCAAACCUGCGACACAGAUUACGAACUCUACGGCUAGCAUACCGACAGAAAAUUUUUCGAGUUUUCAAGUUUUUGCAUUAGAUUGUACCAGGAACGGCAACGAAAAAUACAAAAGGAAUGGAGUUAAAUAAGCAUUUAGCUGGCUACUAUCGUUUCUAUGGUUAUAUUUUUCUUUUGUACACAAUUUCAUUGGAUUGGUGGAUUUUGGGAUGCUGCUGAGACUUGGGGAUACAGUACAUUUGGAUGAUGGAUACCCAGAUUCUCUUUAUUCUCUUUACGUUUUUGGGAGUUUGCUAUUUGAGCACAAUAAGCGUGGCACUGGUUUGCUUUAUUUUGCAUUGCAUUGCAUUGCAUUAGUCGGCGAAUAGAUGGUGCGUCGAUACGAGGACUUCAGUGAUGAGGGGAGGGACCCCGACAGUGAAUAGUGAAAUGUAAUAUAGCAUAUAAGGAUUGACUCCUUAAAAACCGACUUCGGUAAGAAAGUGAAGAUAGAAAUAUGAUAUCAGGUGGUCUAAGGAGUAGCAAUAUUUUCUUUUUUGA